AUGGCUAGCGCACCAAAGCGAAGAAAGUGUGUAGAUUUUAGUGAUGAAGAACGGGUAUUAAUGGGAGAACAAGCUUGCAAGACGUUGCUAACAGAACAAAGAUUGGCGUGUGCAGAAUUAGCAGAAAAGUUACUGGAACAAGCCAAAAUGGAGUAUCAAGUCGCUAAAGUAAACGACGGAUACACGCAAGGAUCGCCAAUGAUUAACGUAAACGACGGAUACGAGAAUGGAGAAUGUCAUUACAAAUAUGCAUAUUUCCCCAUUCGACCCUCCGAUGAUGGUCUGAUUCGACCCACCGACGGUGCUAUGAAGACGCAAAAAAAGGAAUCACAAGAGAUUGCAAACUAUGCUUUAUGUACUAUCAGUUAG